AUGACAGAUUACGCGCCGGCAUGUGGCGUUGACCAUGGGUUCGACCUCUGGUACAGGAAAAUCCUCGGUGUUUUUGAGGACCCGACAACGACAGACAGUGUCACCCAAUUCUUCGCACCAGGUGGCGCCUUGAUUCUCCGUGACGUUAGCGCAACGGGCGACCAGAUCUUGGAAGCUCGCGGAGCUAUUCUGCCCGUCGACGGUUCAGUGCAAUGGAACCUCGCCAGCUAA